GAAAGACAAAGAAAGACCACAGAGAGAGAGCAGGAGCAUCAGUAAGUUGCACACAGCAGAGAGGCAGCAAGAACUGCAGGGCUUCGUAGCAGAAGGACAAGAUCUGGACCAUCCUAGAAGGGAGCAUUGGGAUGAAUAACUCCACUGGCACAGGGCUUGUGGGUAGGCAUUGCCAUCUCAGUGACCCUGUUCAGUUCAUCCUGGUGCCGGCCGUCUACUGCCUGGUGCUGUGUGUGGGCUUGCCGGGAAAUGUGGCCGCCCUCCUUGUGUUCCUGCAGAGUGGGCGGGUGCGGAAGGCUAUCCGUAUCUAUCUCAUCAACCUCACCCUGGCGGAUAUUUUCUUCAACCUCACCCUGCCUUUCUGGAUCCCCUACUACUGGGCAGAGGGCCACUGGGUUCUGCCUGAAGCCUUCUGCCGCUUGGCUGGAGCCACAUAUUAUUUGGCUACUUACAGUGCCAUGGCUUUCAUGACCCUCAUCAGCUUGAACCGCUACUGCACCGUGGCUAAGAUGGAGCUGGCUUUGAACAAGCCCCGGGGAGCAUUGGUGGGGUGUACCUUGACCUGGGGUCUGUGUGCGGCUUGUGCCAUCCCCUCCUUGGCUACUCAGCAGACCCACCAGGAUGGAUCGCUCAAUACAAAAUGCUUUGAGCAACACACAGGCCGGAGGAGCUAUGCUUAUGCCAUGGUGCUUCUCUUUGCAGUCUCCUUUUUGGUGGUUUUAGGGGCCUACAUCUCUAUCAUGAGGACCCUCUCAGUUGCCACUGGCCCUUGUCAAGGUGGACACCGCCGGCGGGCACAAGUCAUGGUUCUGGGCAUGCUGUUGGUGUUUGUGGUCUGUGUAGCCCCCUACCACCUCUCCCUGGUGCCUUGGGUGGCCAACCGGAUGUCCAGUCCAUUUGGUGGUCCCCCAUCAUUCCUGGACAAUCUGCACAUGCUCAGUGUGGCUCUCUUGAGUCUCAACAGCUGCAUUGAUCCACUAAUCUACUGUUUUGCUAUCAAGCGCUUCCGGGCAGAUCUGUGUUUGAUGGUGCGGAAGGUCACCCAUUGCUGUCGACUCCGUUCAAGACCAUCUCAGCCAUCACCUUUACCGCCAGCAUUGGAAAACAAAUUCCCACUCAACUUCAGGUCAUCUUCCUUAACCUCCUCAUAGCUUGGCCUUGGGAAAAUUAUUAUGUGUUUGACCACCAAAGUUAUCCCCAGAUCUCAGGCGCUGACCCUAGGGUUCUAGGCAUGGACCUCCUCCUCUGGUUCUCAGGAUGAUGAACCUCAGUGCAAGGGUGUUGCCUUGAAAAGUGUGUAUGUAUAUGUAUGUGAGACAUGGUGUUUCUUAAUUUUGUCCUCUGUACAACAAUGGUUGAUGCAUUGUGCUCAGUAUCACCAAGGUGAUGCCUCUUGUAACAUAGCAUCAACAACCACAUCCUGUAAGGGUUCUAGAUCUCGGUAACAGAAGUUGAAAUCUCAGGUUCAGGUACUGGAAUCUCAGGGAGAGGGACAACUCUUGACACCUGGCAACCCUAACUACCAACCCCCAGAACCCUCCAAUUUUCUCUAAUUUGGGUCUUGGGAGCACAACUUUUUCAGACAACCGCUUCUUUGUAUUUAGGUUGCAGCAAUUUAGGCAAACUGAGUAUGAAGGAAGAAAGUUGUAGGAGGGAAGACCAGGCACUCGGCAUACCUCUCAAAGCAACACUCUGGGCCCAGAAUAAUCAAAGAGCAUUUUUAAUAAUUAUCAUAGUCAUUAUUGUUAUCAUCAUCAUAUAAUAAUUAUAAUUUCCAGUACGGCUAAAUUCGUUACAAUAAAAAUGGAAACCACAUGGCA